CCGCCGCCUAGGGCCCGCAGGCGCCCGCAGAGCGCUGGAGGCAGCGCCGACGUCGCGGCGCUGGUUGCCUGCUGGUUGUACCUGAGCGGAGCUGGGCCCGCGGUGGCCGGCCCGGUCAUCCCGGUCGGCCUGACUGUGGUACAGACCUCCAUGAGCCGGUCCCAGGUAGCCCUGCUGGGCCUGGGCCUGCUGUUCAUGCUGCUACUGUACGUGGGGCUGCCAGGACCCCCUGAGCAGACCUCCUGGCUGUGGGGAGACCCCAAUGUCACGAUCCUGGCUGGUCUCACCCCUGGCAGCUCCCCCGUUUUUUACCGCGAGGUGCUCCCACUCCACCGGGCCCGCAGGGUGGAUGUGGUGCUGCUCCAUGGAAAGGCCUUUAACUCCUGGACGUGGGAGCAGCUGGGCACACUGCAGCUGCUGGCGCAGAGGGGCUACCGGGCCGUGGCCCUUGACCUCCCAGGUUUUGGGAACUCGGCACCUUCGAAGGAGGCAAGCACAGAGGCAGGGCGGGCAGAGCUGUUGGAGCAAGUGCUGCAGGACCUAGAGGUGCAGAAUGCCGUGUUGGUGAGCCCUUCACUGAGUGGCCGCUAUGCCCUGCCCUUCCUGAUGCGAGGCCACCGCCAGCUGCAUGGAUUUGUGCCCAUUGCACCUGCCUCCACACAGAACUACACCCAGGAACAAUUCCAGGCCGUGAAGACCCCGACUCUCAUCCUGUAUGGGGAGCUGGACCGCAUCCUGGCUCGGGAGUCACUGCGGCAGCUCCGCCACCUACCUAACCACUCCGUGGUGAAACUGCGUGACGCAGGCCACGCCUGCUACCUCCACAAACCACAAGACUUCCACCUUGUCCUCCUUGCCUUCCUUGACCGUCUGCGUUAAGCACACCUAGUGUUCAGGCCCCAAGCCUGGCCUGAGCUUGGAGGAUCUGGACUAGUCCCCACAGGGAAGCAGCCCUGGGAUUGGAGGGCAGAGGCCAGAGGACCAGGCCUAGUCAGGACCUCUCAUUUCAUCUCAGAGGUACAAUAAAAAAAAGCAUUUUUGUCA